AUGUGUGAAUUUGCGUCAACCUCAACUCUUCGUCAAUUUGAGGUUGUACUUGGUGGCGGUUCACUGUUUGUGAACGCACACUGGAUGGCUGAAAUAUCUCCCUACUUUAAUAGGAUCUGCUUUGAUAGAAAUUUUACGGAAGCUCGCGAAGGGUGUGUACACAUUAAGGAUGUUGACUAUGCUGACGUUGUAGCUAUGUUGGAGUACAUCUGCCCUGAUGCAAAUUAUUUGCGGCAGAAACGUAUUGGAGAUACCAACUUGGCUGCUCUCAUCCAUUGCUCUCACCGGUUCCAAAUCCCCUCAUUACAACGGGAACUGUACCAGUACCUGGAAAAUGAACUCCCUUCUGAAGAUUGCAAAUUGAAACCGGAAACUCUUGCAGAUGCAAUUGCUGAGGCAUUAAACGCGCAUUUUAGUCCCAAAUUCAUAGCACACAUGUACAAAAAAUUCGGUGAACAUGGUCUGGACAAAAUGCAAGAAGCCUUAAAAAAUAUGCCAAAUCCUCUAGCUGAAACAAUUUUGAGUGAAGCACGCAAAUACACGCCAGUAAUCACUCAAGAGCCAAUAUCCUCCUCAUAUCAUUGGAAUGACUUCUCUCGACGAAUGUUCUUCUAG